GUACACCAUUUGUAUAUAUAUGAUCUAGCGUGAGAGGAAACGAAUGUGUUAAGGAGACUCGUAGAGAGCGAGCACCUCCCUCUCCUGGGUGAUUAGAGCUCAGUUCUCGUUUGUCUUCGGCCACGAAAAGCCUCCCCCUUUCUCACUCCCUUCACUUCCCCUCACCGCAUUCUUGUCCUACCGGUCGCUGCUGCUGCUGCUGCAGACGCGACGGCCUACCGGUAAUCCAUUCAUCCAUUCGCGCACGAAGCGGAUCAUCAGCAGUCACCUCCUCUAUCUCCCAUCACCACUGUCAUGGCGCAAUCAAGCUCGGCGGCUAUGGCUGCCACAGCCAUCGCUAUGCUUCUGUCGUGGCAACUGCUUUGCCCGUCGGCGGCCAUGGCGUACAACAUGGGCGGAGCGCGGGAUACCGACACAGCAGAGGUCAGCAGUGAGAGUACUAGUGACGUCGCGGCUGAGAAGACGACAGCCGCCGACAAGCAGGGUACCGCUGGUGCUUGCCCUGUGCAAUUCACGCCACAGGUGUUCUCUGCCGUCCGCCAGCUGUGUCAUUUCGGCGGAGACGAGUUAUGCUGCGAAGCUAUUCAAGACGUGGCAAUGACUGCAGUGGCGUACAGCACGAAGUGCUUGCCGUCUUUGUUGGGCGCAAUUAAGACCUACACCGAGGUCACCUCAGCGGUGGUUUCCGCAUGCCUGAGCGUGCAAGGCAGGAGCACUCUCGAGACGCUCGGUACGUUCGAGGCUCUCAACACUCUCAAAUUCUACGAAAUGACGGGAGACGAGCUUCAAGAAUUCGCUCCUCCGUCUUCCGCGGCGGCGCCGCUGCUCAGCCAAGGAUCAGCCAAUUAAAGUGUCCUGGCGAUGGAGAAGAAAAGACAACCGUCGCGUUAGACGGGUAGCAGAGUAGUAAUAGUAGAACCAAGAGGAGA